CUCCCCCCCCAUAAACGCACUGAAACAGGGGUUUAGGGUUUGGGAGCUGGACCUCUCAGAACAAACGCAUCUGGCAGUUUCUAAUGGUUUCGCUUUUUGCCCCUUUCGUCUCACACCUCUAAAUUGGGCCACAUGGCUGCAGCGUCCAUCAAACCGCCGCUGUGAAUUUGAAUCCGAGGGCGAUCUCUGGGCUCCAUUUUUCCAUGGUUCUUGCCUUUCCACAAGGCUUGACACACUGCAGACGUGGACUGCAAUCUGAGGGACACAGAGCGCUUGUCGAAGCACAAUCUCAGGUGCUCUGGGUCUCCUCCUUCUUGUUGGAUUCGUUUUCAUUGCCUGAUUGCCUCUUCUCCAUCUUCAGCUUGCUAUGCUGGUCACGCUAGUUUGAGAAAGUCAAGCACUUGUGAGAGAGUUGGAUGUUGAGUUUCAUGAAUUGGUAGAAAGGGAAGGAAAUCUGCGUGAAGUGAACACGAUGCUCGCACAGUUUGCAAGAGCUGCGGUCCGGAGGCACUUGGCCAGGGCAUCGGCGCCUCAGCUGCUGUCGCGUUCGUUUGCUCAGACUGCUGAGCAGGUUGUCGACACAUCGCCUACUAUCAAGGAUACCGAAACUGAAACUCAAAGGACAAUUACGCCUCGUUCUUUGAGUUUGGAUCCUAAUUCCAGGUUUCGUGUGUCGGAUCCUGUACCUGAAGGCUUUAAACGCACUGUGCUCAAGCUUCUGGGGUAUUAUAGCAGGCAGAGUCGUCUUAUUCGUGGGGCCAAUACCCUCUAUUCUAGAAUCUCUUCUCAGGUGGACCAGCCCGAGCUCUAUGCAAACUUCGCACUUGAACAGAGUUUCAGAACAACGCAUGCCAUGUUAGUUCUUCAUAUGUGGCUGUCUCUAGGCCGCCUGAGGUCAGAGGGUAAAGAUGGUGCAGCUAUGGGUCAGUCGUUAUACGACGCUUUCAACCAUGAUUUAGAACGACGCAUAAUUGCAACAGGGUUAAAAGUGUUGCUAUCAAAAUGGAUGAAGGAAUUAGAAAAGAAUUUCUAUGGUGCAGUUGCUGCUUAUGAUAAUGCCAUGAGGCCUGAGGCUGCACAGGAUGAGCUUGCACGGGCUUUAUGGAGGAAUGUAUUUGCAGAAGAUGACGCUAUCAUGCCCACUGGACCGAAUGCCACACCUGUACAUGCACUGGCAAGACAUGUUCGGAAAGAAGUAGCCUCUCUGGCUUUGACUGAUUCGGAGUCCUUUAUGACAGGAAACAUAAUGUUUUCCAAAGACUUUGGAAGUGACUAAGUGAGUCCACGAGGGUUCUACAACAGAUACUUCAAUCAAGUGAAGCGUGACUGGUGAUUUGUAGGGAGCAUGCUUCUCAUGUCAAUUAAAUUUACGUUUGAAACGGUGCAUUCGAAAUGAUGUUGUAUGUACUAGAAUUUUAAGGAUGACUUCAGGCGUGGACAUGCUGUUAUCCAAACAGUGGGCGUAUAAUUGUAUCUUCUGCUCCAGAUGAGCAUGUUCAAGUGUCACCUUUUCAGAUCAAUCACCUUAUUGCAGAGAUUUUCCUAAA